GUCAUAAACCGGAGUUUACUUUAAACAUCUGUAUAAAACCAUGGAGCUGAAUUGAAGCUGCAGUGUGAAGAACUUGGCAGCUCAGAAAAAUAAACAAAUCUGAAGCAAAAGCAGAAGCACCGCCCCAAUGUCUGCAGUUUCCAACGUAUCCAGCGGGGAACUUGGUGCGGCGUUCACGUCUGGCAUUUCGGACGAGAUCCAGUUCAGCAUAUCGACGGCGCAGACGCUGAUAGCGCUAGUCGGCAUAAUGGGCAAUUCGGCCGUGAUAUACGCCUACCACGGUAAGAACAACAGGGUGAUAAGCGAGCACCUGGUAAUGGUUCUGGCUGCGAUUGAUGUGUUGUGUUGUGUGUAUUGGGCCACUAGUAAUACUCUGAAGGUGUUCUAUGACCACCGACUGCCCCUGGAACUUUGUCUCCCAGACCACUUUAUGCAGUCUUUCUUCACUCUGGUGUCCAUGCUCAUGAUGGUCCUCACAGCUGGCAACAGGUUUAUUGCUGUGGUUUACCCUCUCAAAUACGGAACUAUCUUCUCGUCGAAACUAGUAAUGAGACUAGUUGUGGCCAUAUUUAGCAUCUCUAUCAUCCAAUCCUCACUCUUCGCCCCAAUUUGCUUCUUCUACAACAACAUUUUCCCCAAAUACGAACAACAAAUACUCAUCAUGAGCAACCAUUACUGGACUAUCAGUACAUGUAUGUGCUACCUGAUUAUCAUCAUAGCCAUCACUUAUUUCUCAGCCCGCUCAGCUAUCAAUCUGAAACAGAGUAUCAAAACAGCUGAAAAACUAAGGAAAGGGCCUGAAAAGAUGCAGCUAAUCGCUUCACCUUCGAAGCCGACGCGAGCUCACGAGCAGGACGGACAAAAAGGCAAAGAGGAUAUCCAAGACUAUCAGGGUGAGAACAACCUAACUGAGCACAUUGCUCAAAGGUCAAGCGCCAUUGACCCAGUUUCAGUCGCUUCUGCAAAGCCGAUGCCGAGCACACGAGGCUCGUUCGGAAGCAAACUAACUCUCGGAUAUCAGAAGUCCGAGUGCGGAGAUAGCGUGUCGAGUUGCCCCAUGGGAGCUGAUCGCUGCUCGUCAGCUGACGUUAUACAUGCAUCUAAAAGGGCGAAAUCUAAAACAAUGCAGCGCGAUCUGAGACUGACGAAAGCGUUGCUAGCCGUCGCAUCAGCUUACAUAAUAUGCUGCACGCCAUAUACGCUAUACUUAGCGGUUUUCCGUCUCAUGCCAUAUGAACUUCUGGACAAAAUUUCGCCGACUACUCAAAUGGGAACAAAGCUGAUUGUUCACACCUUGUACUUGUUCAACUACGUUAUAAACCCAUUCACGUAUCUUGUUUUCAACGAAUUUUUUCGAGGUCAAAUCAGCAAACUGCCAAUUCUGAGACGAUUCAGACACAAAUUGAUUCGCCAAGAGGAAGCAAAUGUUGAAAACAACAACGCCAACGAGCCGGAAGAGCGCCCUGAUGACAUCCCCCGCAACAACGAGGAGCAUCGGAAGGUGGCACUGGCUACUCGCAGUCUGCCGUCGACGGAUCAACGCGGAGAAACUUUCUCCACCGAAACGAACGCACAUCAAGUCGCGUGAACAUUUUGGUGGCUUUUUACAAAAACAAAAAUGCUGCUUAUGUAUAAAUCCUAUCAAGUCGCUUAAUUUGUGUCGCUUCCCAUAAGUUUUUUUGUAGUGCAUAUUAAUCUGUAUAUUUUGAAAUGAACUAUUUUGAACGGAACAGUGUACAAUUGAGAAAAAAUUAAAACGUAAAUUCGACCCUCCUUCAUUUGAUUGUUUCCAAAUGCUUUUGUUGAUGUACAAAUACAUUUUUAUCAUUAUAGGUAAAUAUCAGAUCAGAGUACUAAUUGAAAUUAUAUCUAAAAAUCAGAUCAGAGUACUAAUUGAAAUUAUAUU